AUUGAGGAAGUUGGAAUAGCACCCCACCCCACUUUCCGAAACCCAAAAAUCUUGUAAUCCACCGUACUGUAUUGUUCCUCACUGGUUCAUCGCCAGCCACUUUCUAAAAGAAAGCUGAAGAGCUAAAGCCUUUCCGUUGGCGGAUUUAUGAUGGGAACGCUGGCGAGCUACAGCUUUACCACUCCGAAUUUCAGGCUUCGUUCGGGUCACUUUGAUGACAAUUUCCGGGAGCGGGUUCGAGGGUUCGAUUCGUAUAGGAAGAAAUCAGGUUCAGGUUCUUGUCAUCUGUGCGGGGGAAGAAUGGUCAGCAACAAGAGGGAGUAUAUUACGUUUCGGAAGAAUUCUACUAAAGUCUGGUGCUUUGGUGAGAAUAACGAUAGGGAUGGUGUUAACAGUAAUGACGGUAGCAAAGAAGUGGAAAGCAGUGAAAUGGGUGGGCAAGAUUCUAGUGUAGCAACAGCAUCCCCUGAAGACAAUGGGGAGAGAACUGCCGGGGAUAAUGAAUUUGGUUCUGACAAUUCUCCUGCCUCUAUUUCAUCAAAGCCACCAACUAUAUCUUCUCUUGGACCAGCUUACAGUAAUUUCCAAGUGGACUCUUUCAAAUUGCUUGAGCUUCUAGGACCCGAGAAGGUCGAUCCAUCUGAUGUCAAGCUAAUAAAGGACAAGCUUUUCGGGUAUUCAACCUUUUGGGUUACUAAGGAAGAAAUAUUUGGAGACCUUGGUGAGGGCGUUCUUUUCCUUGGGAAUUUAAGGGGGGCAAGAGAAGACGUGUUUGCUAAACUUCAGAAUCAGCUAGCAGAGAUUACGGGUGAUAAAUACAACCUUUUCAUGGUGGAAGAACCCAAUGCAGAAGGAGCAGAUCCUCGUGGUGGUCCACGAGUUAGUUUCGGUUUGUUAAGAAAGGAGGUUUCCGAGCCAGGGCCAACCACACUUUGGCAAUAUGUGAUUGCUAUGCUGUUAUUCCUUUUAACAGUUGGUUCUUCUGUCGAGUUAGGAAUUGCAUCUCAGAUCAAUCGCCUUCCUCCAGAAGUGGUGAAGUAUUUUACCGAUCCAAAUGCCGUUGAACCACCAGAUAUGCAGCUGCUUUUCCCGUUUGUGGAUUCUGCUUUGCCGUUAGCCUAUGGUAUCUUAGGAAUUCUGCUAUUUCAUGAACUUGGUCAUUUUAUUGCUGCUUUCCCUAAAAAAGUGAAACUCAGCAUUCCAUUCUUCAUCCCCAACAUUACACUUGGAAGUUUUGGUGCAAUAACUCAGUUCAAAUCUAUCCUUCCUGAUCGGAGUACAAAAGUCGACAUUUCGUUAGCUGGUCCAUUUGCCGGUGCUAUUCUCUCUUUCUCCAUGUUCAUCGUCGGCCUGCUGCUUUCAUCAAAUCCUGCUGCUACUGAAGACUUGAUACAGGUUCCUAGUAUGCUGUUCCAGGGCUCUUUACUUCUCGGCUUAAUCAGCAGAGCUACCCUUGGUUAUGCAGCAAUGCAUGCUGCAACAGUUUCUAUCCAUCCUCUUGUGAUUGCUGGCUGGUGUGGCUUAACUACAACAGCUUUUAAUCUACUGCCAGUAGGAAGCCUUGAUGGUGGAAGAGCAGUCCAGGGUGCUUUCGGGAAAAGUGCUCUUAUUGGAUUUGGGUUGACCACAUACGCAUUUCUUGGUCUGGGAGUGCUUGGUGGCCCAUUAUCACUCCCCUGGGGCCUGUACGUGUUGAUAUGUCAGAGGGCGCCGGAGAAGCCAUGCUUAAACGACGUGACGGAGGUUGGAACUUGGAGACAAGCUGCUGUUAUGACGGCAAUUUUCCUAGUGGUGCUGACACUGGUUCCGGUUUGGGAUGAGCUGGCGGAGGAGCUAGGUAUAGGUCUCGUGUCUACAUUUUGAUUGCUAAUAUAUAGGGAGAGAACAGAAAGAGUAUACAAAGCCAAUUUUGACAUACUGUAUUGUGUGGGUCAAUACUCAUAUUUGUAUCUUUCGCCAUUGUUGUGGUUAUAAAAAGCAAUUAUUCUGUAUUGCGUUAGCUUCGCCACGGACCUCUUGUAGAGAUACUUGAUUUGAUGCAGGAGCUGGACAAGUGCAUCGUCGUGAAGACAGACUACGUUCGUAUUUCCGUUGGUCGCACAAUGUAGAAUUAGCAACGAAUUCGUCCUACCGAAAGUCGUUAGCUACUUAGCUAGGAUGUCGUUUUCUAGUGGGGACUGGGGAGAGACGUCAGACAGUUGUAGCGUUUGCAUGCUAUAUUUACACCAGUCAUGGUUUUGCCCGACUCAUUUGGUGAAAAGUAGUGACGAAAAAACUAGUCAUUUGUAAAUGGUUAGCUUUGUUUUUCAUUGGCAAACGAGUCGUUUGCCACAAAAUUAUAAUUGAUAUCUACUUUAUAACAGUUACAAAAUAACUUGUUUGUAAAAAAAAAAAAAAAAAAAAACUAAAUCAUUUGAAAAAAAAUGAAUUGAACUGACAUGUGGAUCAGACCAAAUCAGAUUGAAUGCACUAUUGAUCCAGUACUUGAUCUUAGAUGUCAUUCACUAUUGGACCAUGAUUUUCAUGAAUUUGGUCUUAUCCGAAUCAGACCAUUGUACAAUUAAUGUUGGUUGCAAAAUGACUUAUAUUUUAGUGGUUGGCUUUAUGUGGAUAAAAAAAAAAUUAGUAACAUUAUCCAUAUAAUUUACAGAAAAGUUAUUAAUCGUAUGCAUGAUAGUAUCUUUACUUUUAUGCUUUUAUAAGUAAAAAAAAAUCAUAAACAAUUUUAAUAUUCUUGCUUGCUUGUUUGUUAAGAGAAAAGACCCUAAAUGCUUCUACUAUUUUCGUGUGUGUCAUAAAUGGUUGGUGUAAGUAGUUAUGCAUUAGAAGAUCUCAUGGAAUACGACCUUAGGCAUCUCCUAGGAUUUAUGACUUUGAUUUAAAAAUCACACAUAAAGUUUUUGGCGUCAUUGUCGGAGAUUUUUAAUAAUAUAUAAAGCAUCUAAGCACAUUGUGUCUUUAUUUAGUUUAAAGUUUCUUUUAUUUUGCUGAAUUUUGCACGAGGCCAGUAAGUACAAGAAGACAAACCAAAAAUCUAAAGAUCGUGCAAGAGACAGUUCAAGAAAGAGGAGCAUCUAGUACACCCAUCUUGAAGACGAAGGAAGGAGCAUCUAGCUCAGGAUAAGAUGAGCCUUCUAGCCCCACCAAUUUCGAGCAAAGCUUGGGAGAGGAGGACAAGAUUGAAGAAGAAAACUUCGAUUCAGGGGAAGAAGGACCACCUAACUUCUUCAACACCAACGAUGGUUGGAGAAAAAGGAUAAAGAUAAGUAGCCAUUCCACCUACUCUCAAUGAGUAUUCAAGGCCAAGGCCAUCCAACAUCACCUCAAGCAUUUUUGUGCCACCACCGACCGUAGAAAUUAGAACUCAACUUAUCCAGAUGGUGCAACAAGCAAGGAGAUUUGAAGGAAGGAAUAUUGAUGAUGUGGUGUAACACUUGAAGACAUUCUCGAAGAUCGUCAAUUUAUUACAAAGAGAUGAUGCUACUAAAUAUGGCAUUCGAAUAUGACUCUUCUUGUUCUCUCUUGGAGGAGGAGCAAAGGAGUGACUCGACUACCAUCCACUAGGCAGCUUCACCACACGGGAGACCCUUGCAUAAGCAUUCAUCGAGUACUUUCCACCAUGGAAGGCGGAGGGGCAUAAAAAUGAGAUUACUCA